AUGGCUCAUGCACUUUAUAGUGACGACGAAGAUGAUGAUCAAGCAUUGAGGGAGUUCCUUCAAAAGAAGUACAAUAACAUCACUGUAAGCAACAACACCUCUAGUACGAGAAAUUUACUAGCCAAUUUCCGUCCACAACCAUCAACAUCCAAUUUUUCAAACCGAACCCCUCAAUCAUCCCUCAUCAGUGAUAACAACAAUUCAUCCCUUCCAACCUACAUGAAAGACAAUGAUGAAGAUGCUAUUGCCUACAAAAAGUUUUUAACUGAAAAAGGGACAGAUCUCGCCACUCGAGCAAGUCUGAAUACAACAAGUUCUAGGAAUAUUUUGGCUGGAGUCGAUUGGUCUUGUCUCUCUAACAAGACAUCAACAGCUGCAAAGGAAACGAACUACUUGUCGUCGUUAUCAUCUUCAACAACAACAACAGCACCAUCAACAAAUGGUUCUCUCCUUGCUGCUCCUCCCAAGCUCAAAAGAGAAAAUUCAAGCAUGAUGAAUGCAAGACCCAUGUUGCGAAGAGAGAAUAGUGUCAUGAUUGGAUCUAAUAACAACAACAAAUCAGGAGUUUCAAAUACAUCUCAUCAAUCGGAGGAAGACUCUACCAAUUCAGACAGAGGAUCAUUAUUGAGAGUGAAUUCUUCGAUGGGUCUUGCAAGAAAACCUGGUCUUCUACGAAGAGAAAAUAGUUCCAUGCACGCCUUAAAAUCCAUGGAAUCUACGAGUGAGCAACAACAACAACCAAUGGUUAAAGUAUCAAAUGCAGGAACACGAAAAGGGGUGCUCCAUCGUGAAAACAGUAUUGUUGGAAAAUCUGUAGAGAAAACCAAUCAACUCAAGUCCUCACAUUUGAAUCAAAGUAUGCCUGUUAUUUCGCAGGUAUCACCAGCACGAAGAGCAAUCAGUAAGAGAUUGCUAACAAACUACUCUCAAAACGCUCUGCAUGAUAUUGACGAUUCGACAAGCGUUAUGACCACAGACACAGAUAAGGUUAGUCUGCAUGAAAUGGAAACCGAAGUCAAAAUAACACAUAAUAGCGAAUUGGCUAAAGUCAACUGUUUGGUAUCUCAAUUUUUAGCUUGUGGUUUUCCAAUCAUGGUGUUUGACAAGAAUGGUACUGUUGAAUACUUGAAUCAUGAAGCAGAAAAAACGUUUGGAGUAUAUAGUUUUAGUGCACUGGGAGAAAAUUUACACGAGUUCUUUUUGCAAAAUUCGGUGAGUGAAAUUCAUCAAGCGAUUCAUGAGUUUUUCAAUUCAACGGAGGAAGAAACUUCCAAUCAUCAUAGCUCACAACAAGGCUCAUCUUCUCCCUCAACAGCAUCAACAGACCUCAAUUAUUAUAACAAUUUACCUUUAGAAAAGCAAUUGGAAAGAAAGAACGCAUUGAUGAAAUCUCGAACACUACGAGGAAAAUCUUCACUAAGAAACAAGUUCUUCGUUCUCACCACCCGAAUUGUUCCUGUAGUGAAAUGCGAGGAAAUUCAUUUUGCAGCUUACAUGAAAAAGCAUCCAAUCAUUGUAAAGGAUUCGAAAGCGCAGACCAUCUCUCGCUGUGCUCAAGUCAUUACUGAUCUAAUGAUUAUUCCAAUCAUUUCUAUAACUGAUCAUGGCAUUAUUCAAACAUUUAAUAAUGCAGCAUGCUCCACAUUUGGAUACAAAUCGUAUCAAGUACUGGGAAGAAAUGUGAAAAUGAUAUGCAACGCCAAGGAUAGAGCAAGGCAUGACAGUUAUCUUGAAAAAUAUAGACAUACGCGAGAGAAACGCGUGUUAGAUAGAGUAACUAGGGUAAAAGGCCAAACAAAAACAGGAAAAGUAAUUCCUCUUGAAAUUCGUGUUGCUGAAGUAUUGGAACCUCAUGGUAAAUCUAGUUUUGUUGCUUAUUUAAGAGAUUACCGAACACUAGCGACAGCAGAAGAAUCUGCAGUGAGGAUUGCUUGUAAAAUGUAUCCAAAAAGCAUUGCUGAAAGAUUAGAGUUAGAAGAGCGAGUGGUUGACACAAUACCCAAAUGCUCAAUUCUGUAUUGUGAGUUGUUAGGCAUAUCAGACUUGGUAAAAGCUAGGUCCUCGAGAACUGUGGUUCGGUCUUUGAAUGAGAUUUUCUCAAAAUUUGAACAAAUUAGUUCCAAAUUAGGAAUAGAACAAAUGAAAGUUGUUGGAGACGGUUAUAUGAUGGCAACAGGAAUUGAUAAAAGUGAACCAGGACAUGCAGAAAAGUUAAUUAAGGCUGCCAUUGAAAUGAUACGAUUUGUGAGGCUCUAUGCUUCUCAACUAAAUGAACAUGCACAGCAUCAAGAUGACAAUGAUUUUGAAAUUGAAGAAAUUGCAUUAAAGGUUGGCAUUCACUCCUCCAGUGACAUUGUGGCUGCAACCAUUGGGAAACGAAAGCCCACAUUCGACUUGUUUGGAGAAGGGGUGGAAAUUUCCAAAAUUUUGACAGUAACUGGAAAACCCAAUCAAUGUCACAUUAGCAACGAUUGUUACAAAGAAGUAACUUCUGAGAAAUUACUACGAGGAUUUGUUGAACAUUUUCGAGAAGCUGAACAAGUUUACUUGGAAAACAAGUCAAGUAUUUGUACAAUGCCACAGAGUACUUGGAUAACUCAAAUAUAA